UCUUUCGAUCAUCACAAGCAGAGAUGGCCGCGUGCGCGACGGACUUGGCGCGCAUGUGUAUGUAUAUAUAUAUACAUAUAUAUAUAUGUACAUACACAUGUUCCGCAGUACGCGGUAUCCAGCGAUAUCGCGAAGCGGCCAGUAUGCACUCGGUCAGAUUCGAGUGUGCCUCGAUCGCGGAUCGCGGCUCAGAGAGUACGAAGAUUUGUUAGUCGCGAUGGAGUUGCGUGAGGUGAACCGCGCGUACGGCACUGCGGAAGAGACAACGGAGCUCCUGCCGCAGCGUGACAACGCCGAAUACGAAAGCUAUUUCAUCGAGUACGCGAUGCAAAAAGAGAUGAUCAAUCGCAACCGAUGUCCCGCGAGCAGACGAUUGCUCAGCCAAGUUGCACAGUUGGAUCACGUUUCCAAUAGCAAUAAUCUCAAGGAUUCACCAUUUGCUGGAAUCAGCAUGAUUCAUACCUCGAGCGCGAACUGGCCGCCAUCCAGAAAGCGCGAAGAGGCGACAGCUUUGGAGAACCUCAGGAAGAGAGUAGAACAAAGCAAAUUAUAUAAAGCGGAUCGAAUCGUCGAUCCAAUUGUAUCUACCUCAUCCUCGACAAACUACGAACAACAGUUGGACAAUCGGCCAAAACUUUUGAAGAAGAUACUUAGCAACCGACCAAUGAGUAUCACGUACGAUAGGAGCGACUUAGAGACUGAUUGGCGCGAUAGCGAAUUUAUCACCGAAUGCCUUUGCUGGCACAACGUUUAUCGGCAACGACACAAUUCACCCCCUUUGACUAUGUCACCCCAGUUGUGCGAGUACGCUCAAUCGUGGGCAAAUCACCUGGCGCACACGAAUACGUUCUAUUACAGAAACGAUCGGAAUGUAGGUCAUAAUCUUUAUUGUCGUCCCGGUGGUGCUGUUCCCGGUGAUGUCACAGGACAGGAAGUGGCAUCCUACUGGUACUCUGCCGUGCGACAGUACGACUUCCUCAAAGAACCGGAUGUUCUUCAUGCUAACGUCAAUGCAGGUCACUUUACUCAGUUGAUAUGGGCGAGCAGUCGUUAUUUCGGGGUCGGCAAAGCGCGCAGCAGAAGCGGCAAGGUGAUCGUGGUGGCGAACUAUGAGCCGGUGGGCAAUGUGUCCGGUCAAUUUCAAAAUAACGUGAUGCCGCCCGUACCUGAGAACAUGAAUGUGGUGAUGUCGCCACCGCCCGUACGGGUGCCGCGGGAGCACUACGAGUUGCUGAGGUCGACGCCGCCGUUGCCGCCUCCGUUACCAUCUCCGUUGUCGGAUACCGCGUCCACCGGUAGUGACACCAUGUCCAUCAGUUCCGGUCAAUAAUACCACGGUCGUACGAAAUGCCUUCUCUGUAUCUGCGCGCGAUGGGCCGGACGUUGAAGAAAAAAAAAAGAGAAAAAAGAACAAGAACACUUUUUCCCACGUGCUGAUGAUCUCAAAAGACUUCGGACACGCGACACACGAUGACCGAUAUCUCUGCGAAAAAAAACAAACGAGUUUACGUCGCUCGUCACGUAACGCGAAACGUCUCGAAAAUAUUCUACAAGUCUUUCAGAAAUGUUGAUACAAAUGAGGCAUUUCUCUCUCUCCUGUUGAUAUAUACAUACAAAAUUUCUCGAAAGCUUCCUCGAAAGCACGAUGACGCAUGGCUGUGAGUCCGUAGGCAUCAAGAAAAACUAGAGAGAAUUUUCGAAUAAGUUUAGUGAUCCGAGAUGCUUCCAUAUACAAUAGAUCUUUCGUUUCAGCUCAAUCAGAUUAGUGUUAAAUUUUCGAUCAAAUCUGCUGGCCUCUAAUUGCGCUUAUGUGGAAUAUUAACUUCCGCUUAUUAUUAUGAUCUCUUUGGUUAGCGACGGGUGCUAAUAGUGAUGUAAAAAAAAUCGAUAUAUCGGUAAAAAGCAAUUAAUGUAACAAUAACUAUAUAUUGCGUGCAUUGUAUUUAUUGCACAAUGUAACGUAAUUGUCUUUCUGACUGCAAUCGGGAAAUAGUGAUGAGAGAACAAGUGAAGCAAAUGUAACACUGCGGAUAUUUCAACACACAUACACACACAUAAUAUAUUAAUAAUUUUAAUAUUAACAUAUACACAGAUAAUCUCUCGUUAGAAUGUAAUAAUCACACCAGAUUUCAAUUAUCAUUAUACGCUCACAGUAAUUAACUAUUGGACAAUUUAGCCAUGUUACCUUUGCUUCACUCAGAUCGCAAUUAUCUCGAAAAUUUAUUCUACUCAAUAAUUUCUACAGAAAUGUCGGUCACCACAGAUUUUACUCUCAACUACCGCUUGCAAAAGCAAUGAUAAUCAAAGGUACAUCGAGCUUCGCCGUCGAUCGGCAGCUGAUAGUACAUACGUUAAGUACGUAAUUAUAAAUUUAAAGCGAGCAGUACAAUCGGCGAUAUAAAAAUCAUUGACAGUGACGUAACGUUUUAAAGGAAUUGCGUCAUUGUCAUUGUGAGAAAUAACAUAGAAGCUCAAAUUUAAAAUCACCAUAAGUAUUGUAUUAUUCCAUCGCCAUUAUUUCCGACAAUUUGUGACAACAGAAGCUAAGAAGUAAAGAGAAGAAAAUAUUUACACAUGUAAUAAAACUUCCUUCGAGAUUGUUCUAAGUAAAUUUAAAUUCGCUGAUCAUUCGUUUUGCAUAUUUACACAUGUGCGGAGUAAACAAAGUUGAGAUGACCUCCUACAACACCAAAAACUCUACAUGUCUAUUUUGUACGUUGAUUUAAUAUCGGCUUCCACUCAAGAGAGAGCCGUAGUUAUACGUAAGAUAUACAUAGCUGUACGAUGUAUCUAGUUCGCGAAGAAGCCUAAGUAACGAAUUGCGCCAAGUAAGAAAAUAUAAUACUUUUUGCACGUAAACGAAAAAAAAAAAGAAAAAAUACCUUUCCGUCCUGUUAUACUAAAAACUCAAUAGUUUAUGACGUUGAAUUUCUUAGCGUUUUUAGCAGAUAUUAUAAUAUAUGAACGUUCCUAUAUAUUAAAAAAUCGAAUAUAAUAAACGGGAAGUAGCGUGUGUUCCCCGGAGAUAAUGAAAUCUGGGAAAAUAUAAUUCACCUUAAAAUCGAAAUAAAUCAUGUUGAAACGAAAAACUUUUUCUCGAAAGCGAGAUUACAAUCAGAAACGUUAUAUCGUUGCAAUCCCGCUGACUUGUUCGGAACAAUUUUAGCGGACGUUAAUUUUAAUUUUAAUCAUGGUCGGAAUAAAGUCUGUGCGAGACUCGAAUGAAGCUACAACAAUGGAGAACAGAUGGAGAGGAAUCUGUGUGCAAUUUAAGUUUAUAUAGACACUUAAUAUUCUCUCAAAUUAAAAGUAAGAAAGAAAAUACAUAGAUCUGUAUAUUCACAUCGUCAACGAUGUGUGAGUAUAGAGAUGUGAAAGAUAAACGUAGAUAUAUAUAAUUAGUAAAAUUCUCUUCGUUCUUUUUUAGCGUUAUUGUUAUUUAACGUAAAAGAAAAUUUAUUGAUUUGCUAGUCUUUGAAAAUAGAAUUGCAUACAAAGUCUACGACAAAGUUGGAUGUAAAUAUCACAUAAGCCUGAUUAAACGUUUUUUGCGUGAGAUAUUGGCUUGAACACGAUUUACGUCAAUCAUGAACCAUUUCUCGUUUUUAAAUACAAGAAGAUAAACACGAAUACGUAUACUAAAGUCUAAAGUCUAUCAGAGACUGAUAAUUAUAUGAAUUACACAUAUAAAAACUUAGAGAGGAAAAAAGAGACUAUUAACUUAAAAUACUGUUAAACUUAAUUAACUUAAAAUAUUGUUACAUCAUAGAUAUAUAUACAUAUUUAUCUUUUCUUGUCAACAAUAAUUUGUCGCAAUUUGAUUAAGGCGCGUACUCUAUUCCAAGACAAAAUCAAUUCUUUCAUAUCUCGAUUAUUAGAUGUACAAGUUAGUUUUUCAUAACUUUUCUGGCGUCGAUGCCUUCUACGGAAGGAAGACGGAGAUCACACAAGCUGCACGAUAAAUAACGCGAGAUGAUCGACACACCAGUGACGUACUUCUACAAAUUUGUUUCUUUUUUUUUAUUUUUUUGCUUUGAAAAAAUUAAUAAUUUAACAAAACAGUUAAUUUGUACAUCUAAUGUAUCCAAAUAAAAACGAAUAGAAGACAAUUAAUAGUAAUUGGCGCAAAUUCUACUCGAUAGAACAUGUAUAGUAGAUUUUUGUAAUUCGACCCUGUUGACUCUGAAUAUCAUAGUGCAUAAAUAAAGUAUGCUGUUAUUUUUCACGAACAAGCUGUAGACGAAAAAACCAAUUUUUUACGCGCAUAGCCGAUUAGUAAAUUCACGAUUUUAAAAUAUGAAAAUUUAGAGAGAGAAAAAGAACAUAAAAUGUAAAAAAUAAUGAUACAAAAAUUUAGCUCUUUUAAAUAGAUUUAGAUCUUUGCUUGUAUGUAGGGGAUUUUAUGUAAU